GUCAUCAGUGAGGAUUUACGACUGGUCAACAAAGGCACGUGAUUCCCGAACGCUCUCCCAUAUUUGGCCGCAUACCUGGCAAAGUACAGUAGGGCUUCAUUGCUUAUAAUUCAUGAUUGCAUCCAUAAAUCGUGCAAGCACACAGGAUUAUAGCGACAAAGAUCUACAAAUCGAGGCUUUAAAAAUCCAAGCAAAUGAGCUCUUACUUUGUAAACUCGUUCUCAGGGCGCUAUCCAAAUGGCUCCGACUAUCAGUUACUAAAUUAUGGGACUAACGGCGCUGUGAGCGGUUCCUUCAGAGACCCUGGCACCAUGCACUCCGGGUCUUUCGGCUACAACUACAAUGGCAUGGACCUAACCGUGAACCGCACCAACACCGGCAGCCACUUCGGUGCCGUGAGAGAGGAUGCCCGGGGAUUCGCGCCGGACGCCCGGUACAGACAGACGCCCAACUGCUCGCUCUCGUCUCCAGAUCCGGUGCCGCCGUCGUGCGCCACAGCCAGCCGGGAGCCGCUGGAACUAAAAAGCCCCUCUCCUCCCUCUGACCGGAGCGCGACCUCGGGCGGCAACAACCUCAACAAAAGCAACAGCGCUCAUUUCACGGAGAUAGAGGACGCCACCGUCGCCUCCGAGACCGAGGAGGGCGCACACAGCAGCGGCGGCGGCUCCGGCACGGCACCGCGGGCGCAGCAGCAGCAGCAGCAGCAGCAGCAGCAGCACCAGGACCCCAACGCCACCUCCUCCACUCCCACAUCAAACGAUUGCCAAUCGCCACAAAUAUUCCCCUGGAUGCGGAAACUGCACAUAAGCCAUGAUAUGACUGGACCUGAUGGGAAAAGGGCCCGAACCGCGUACACCCGCUACCAGACGCUAGAGCUGGAGAAAGAGUUUCACUUCAAUAGGUACCUAACCAGACGGCGGAGGAUAGAGAUAGCCCACGCCCUGUGUCUUUCCGAAAGACAGAUCAAAAUCUGGUUUCAGAACCGCAGGAUGAAGUGGAAGAAGGACAAUAAACUGAAAAGCAUGAGUCUUGUAACAGGAGGCAGCGCCUUCCACAACUGAAUAACUUUUUUUUUUUUUUUUUUUUUUGGAGGAGAGUAAAAAGAAUAAUAGUUUAAAAAAAAAAGAAAAAAGAAAGAAAAAUCCAUGAGUACUGUAAAAGCUAUUUGAAAAAAGCGCAGCACCUUUCCAGCAUGCUAUUGUGAUAGAAAAAGAAGUAUUCUGUGGUCUUAAAAUGCCAUUUUUAGUUGACUGUUGUUGUUAUAUGAUAGCUUUAGAUGUCCUAUUUGGAAACAAAUUAAGAUGUAAAUAUUAUUGGGGGUAUUACUUGUCCAUGCUUUUUGCUCUCUCUCUCUCUCUCUCUCUCUCUAUCUUGAAGGUGUUUCAACUUGAGCUCUUUAUUGUGACUUAUUGACGGUCUAACAGGAGUAAAAAAAUUCAUUGUACAGUUAAAAAAAAACACACACAGAAAAAAACUAAAACAAAAAAACCAUAUGCUGCUCUUCAUUGAAUGUAAACCUAAUGUAUUCCGGGGCCAUUCAAAGCGCUUUAGUGUAAGUUUUACUGCUAUUUUUGAUGGUUAUCUUGUGGCCAGAUUCCAUAAAACUUUCAUAAAAACCAAGCCAAUGUGUAGCUCUAGGGUAUUUUGUGCAUCUAUUAUUAUUAUUAUUAUUGUUUUAGAACUAAUUAUGAGCAAUGCAAAUGUAUUCAACCUGUCAAUGUGAUAAAUUUUUAGUGCAAAGGGUUAUUCUGUGGAUAGGCAGUGAUGUGAAAGCUUCUUUCGCCAAUAAGCUUUUUGUAUUUGUAAGUGAACUCAUAGCGCUUGGAAAUAAAGUUUCUCUCAAUUGCUUUGAA